AUGCUGGCGGCGUCCAGGGUCUGGUCGAGGUCCGGGUCCCCGUCCUCGCCGGUACCCCUGCACGCCUUGACUUCCGCAGCGGCGGCGGCGAGCUCCCUUCUGCAGAGGUCCGGGAUGCAGGUCUCUCAGAAAUCGCAGCCGCCUCCCGGUGUAGCUGACACGGGGGAUCGCGCGGCCGAUGCGCCGCCUCAAACGUGCUCUUCUUCAGGCGAUUUUCGGGAAGAGCAUGCCAGCAGCAGACGAACAAAUCAAAGACAUCCAGCGCCUAAUCGAGGCAAGUCGAUCGGAGGGAACCACCAUGUUCUGUAUGGAAGUUAUCUUUCAAAUAACCAACAGAGAUGCAGAUAUUUCUCGUCUUCUUCUGACCAGGAGAGGACAGGGAUUGUAAAAAGGAUGAUGCAUGAUCUGCCAAGGUUUGUGAAAAUUGUAGAAGUUGGGCCGCGUGAUGGACUGCAAAACGAAAAAAAUACAGUGCCAACACCUGUAAAGAUUGAGCUCAUAAAGAGACUGGCAACCUCUGGAUUAUCCGUUGUUGAGGCAACGAGUUUUGUCUCCCCGAAAUGGGUGCCACAGCUAGCUGAUGCAAAGGAUGUUAUGGAAGUGGUCCGGAAUAUUACGGGUGUAAACUUUCCUGUAUUGACUCCAAACCUUAAGGGAUUUCAAGCAGCAGCCGCCGCAGGUGCAAAAGAAGUUGCAAUAUUUGCAUCAGCUUCUGAAGCAUUUUCGAAGUCAAAUAUAAAUUGUUCAAUUAAAGAGAGCCUUGCCCGUUAUAAUGAUGUUGCUCUUGCAGCAAAAAAGCAAGAAAUUCCUGUGCGAGGGUAUGUUUCUUGCGUGGUUGGAUGCCCAGUAGAAGGAUCAGUACCUCCUUCAGAUGUAGCUUAUGUUGCCAAAGAGCUUUAUGACAUGGGCUGCUACGAGGUUUCACUUGGUGAUACAAUUGGAGUUGGUACCCCAGGCACGGUUGUUCCAAUGCUUGAGGCAGUUAUGUCGGUCGUUCCCGUGGAAAAGCUUGCGGUCCAUUUCCAUGACACCUAUGGCCAGUCUCUUUCGAACAUCCUUGUCUCUCUCCAGAUGGGCGUCAGUGUCGUGGACUCCUCCGUCGCUGGCCUCGGUGGCUGCCCCUAUGCGAAGGGUGCAUCAGGGAAUGUUGCCACCGAGGACGUCGUAUACAUGCUAAACGGGUUGGGGAUCAAGACAGGCGUCAAUCUGGGCAAGGUAAUGGCAGCCGGCGAGUUCAUCUGCAAGCAUCUGGGGCGCCAGUCUGGGUCCAAGGCAGCGACUGCCCUGAGCAAGGUUACAGCUAGCGCCUCAAAACUAUGACUAUGAGGCUGCUCUUACUGUCGUUACUCUGUAACAUCUUCAUCCGAUGCCUGUGAAUUCUAAACCCUUUCUUGCAAUGUAUGUUCGUAACCA